AGCGAAGGUUCAAACAACAUUCUAGGGACACUGGCGUGAUGCUUCUUCGAUUGCUCUUGUAAUUAAAAAUAGGAAUAUCCUAUCACCCAUCCUCUGUGAUUCUCUGUGCUUGGUUCCGACAGAAGGGAGGAGAUAUUCGGGUAAAAUAGGUGAAAAUUCCAUGCUGUUUUUGUAGGGAAGAAAAGAUUCAGAAAUUUAUCGAGUAUGCCUCCAAAAUCGAAAGACACCGAAGUCCUGUGGUCAGAUAUAACCGGUCGCAUAUUGAUCAACGCGAUUACUCAUCCUAUCGAGUACGCAAAGGUUUUGAUACAGAUUGGAUACGAGCCUAUUCCACCAAAACCAACUGUAACAUUGUUUGGAAGGCCAGCAUUAAAAUUACCCAACGCCUUUACCUACAUUAAAUAUAUAAAGAGCAUAGAUGGGCUCACAGGCUGCUACAGAGGUCUGGUGCCAAAAGUGUGUUCCUAUACAGUUAGCACAAUAGCGUGUGAUAAAACUUUAGAGUAUCUACAACUGAAUUCAGUACAGAAUGAAGAUGAAGAUGAGGAUAAUGAAGUCGUAAGACGCAAGAAAUGUAUACGUGAGAUAAUAAGAGAUGUAAUCAGUAGAACUGUCGCGAUUGUAGUCAGUCAUCCUCUGGAAGUCAUUUCAUUAAGAAUGAUGGCUCAAUUUGUGGGUGGAGAAACAAAAUAUAGUAGUCUAUUUGGCUCGUUCCUGGAGAUCUACAGAGAGAAUGGAAUCCUGGGAUAUUAUGCAGGAUUGAUACCUCGUGUUAUAGGAAGUGCCGCUGCUAUAAUUCUAGCUGGUGUCUCCACAUAUGCCAUAAAUAAUUAUGUCAUACAGGAACCGACAAUGAAGCCAUACACUGCAUCAACCAUGACAUUCUUGGCUACUACUGUGAUGUAUCCAUUCCUGGUGGUGUCGCACUGUAUGGCAGUAAAUAACUGCGGGUUGGUGGCUGGUCUACCACCACACAUGCCAAUCUACAAGAAUUGGCUGCAUUGCUGGCAUCAUUUAUCAGUUCACAACCAACUGAAGAGAGGCAGCAGUUUAUUAUGGCGUUAUUACACUGGACCACAAAUGGUUUUAAACGGCAAAGUGAUACCGAUUCUAGGCGAUAAUUUUUAUCAGCCCAGUCCUUAAUGAGUCUCAUCAAGUAAGCCCAGAUGAGUCUAUGAACCAAAUGAGCCUGUUAUAAGCCAAAUGAAUCGACCGAUAUGUCAUAUCCAUUUGACAUUUUAUUUGUACAGUAUAUACUUUAUAGCGCCAUGUAGAAAAAGAAAAAAAAGAGACAAAGUUUGCUAGCAACGAAUUUCUAUACCGAAGUCAUACAAAAAUUCCAUGCAAUAAGUUCUUAUUACCAGAUCGUCAUCAAUAAGAGAGAAUAUAAAAAUUAAUUUUUCAAUAAAAUAUUGGGAUCUAAUUAGAAACUCUACAUCGAUCUAAAAAAUAAAUUAAUCUUUAUAAAUUUGGUAAAUUAUAUUAAUCAAUUUCUGUGAUAGUACUUUUCAGUAUUAUUUCUUAAAUUAUGUUCAAAAAAAGAAGAUAAAUCAAUUAUAAUCAAUUGAGAUAAUUACAAUAAAACAUGUGUAAUGCUAAAAAUUGUUAAAAUACAUGUAUAUAUCAUUGUAAUAUUCUUUUAAUAAGAAAAUCAAGGAAAAUUUAUAAUUUAUUUAUAACAACUUUAAAGUUAAUGAACGUCAUAUUUAAUCAUUUUAUAACAACUAUUAAUCUGAUUUUUGAAACGAUGAUGUCACAUUAAUUCUAUUAUUACAAUCGCUCUCAUUGAUCUUUUUUAUUUUGAUCAAAUCACUUUGCGCAAUACAUAUAGAUAAGAAUAAACCAAUUUGAAACAAAAAUACUCUUUAAUUAUAUAAUAAAAAAAGAUACUGAAAAAAAAGCAAGAUGUAUUUUGUUAUGUUGACAAUUAGACUUUAUUUCGACAAUUAAUCGACUUACAGUGCGAUCCGCGUUGAUAAUCGAUAAGAUUUCAAUGAGCAUUGCAUUCAUCGGAUUACAAACAUCUUUCUAUACAUACUAUGUCCUACAAACAAAAAAGAGAGAAGAGUAACGUGCGAGGACUUAUAAAUUCUCGCGUCUCCCAUCAUUAACACACGUAUAAAAAAAAAUAUCUCGCUAAUAGUCUUAAGGAUGUUUGUACACAAUUGUUCUUCCUCAGCCAUUUAUGUUUAAACUCGCCUGCACUAGGAUGAUUAGCUGAAUGUGAAUAAUGAACAGAGAAUAUAUACAGCGCAAAUCCCAUGAUUCUGUCAAUCAUGUAUCAAUAUUUGAAAUUUGACAAAUGAUCAUUUGGCAAUAUUAUUUUCAUUAAAAUUCUCAACAUUAUACAUCUUUAUUAAAGUUUUGAAAAUAUCUUUCAAUUAUGAAAUAAAUAUAUGUGAAUUUUUUUAUACACACAUAUACAAACGAAAUUUAAUUGAGAUUAACUUUACGCUGUAAUUUUCACGCCAAGACAAAGUCAAAUCCAAAAUUGGCGAAAAAGAACUGUUGUUAAAAGAAAGCAAAGAAUAGUUUUAGGACACACUUUAUUCGUAAUUAAUACGUGUUUUUUUUUUCAAUUAUUUUUCUGUUUAAAUCUUCUGAAGCGAGGACACUUUCCAAAGUACUCUUAGACUUGAAUAAAAUAUAUUACAAUGUUCGUACUCUUGAUCCAAUAAUGAAGCAAUUUUAUUCUUCUCGCAUCUCCAUUAAAUUACUUUAUUGUAUUUAUAUAUUUAUGGAAUUUUUCAUUUCAUGGGCGGAUAAAUGCAGUAAUGAUUAGUCAUUGCUUCGAUACAGAGAAUCGCCCCUCUUAAAAACUAAAUAUAUUAUACUUUAACCACGCGGAACAGAAUAAUCGUUGCACAUAACAGGGAUUAUCACGUCGAUUUGAAACGUACUAAACAUCAGAGUUAUCGAUCAGUUUAUAUGUACAAUUCUACUAGGUAAAGUAUCGUGUUUCAAGAACACGAAUUGUCGGGCUUUGACAAUGAAAUUUAUAACUACGGUAGGGCAUUAUCAGCAUUAUUGUAACAGCUACUAGUGUGUAAUCAAUGUACAACAGGAAUCCCCUAUACGCUCUUAUAUAAAAUCUCUUAUUUGAUAUACUUUGUGUUAAAGUUACCUUUCUGGUAGCUAUAUCGAGUUUGAUUUCUUUUUCUUUUCAAGCGGAUUAUGCGAAUGCAUUGCAACACCAAUCAACGCUCUGCGUCUAUUCUAUUUAACAUUCUAUUCUAUUUAACAUUCUCGCUAUUUUUGUAUCAAUCAUCGUAAUGGUAUUUUAUUGUAUCUUGACAAAAUUGCAUUAAAAUAAUGUACAAUGGAAGAAACAAAUUAUAUGCGGCUAGAUCUAUCGUACAAUAUUUUGUUAUUGAAAAAUAUUCCAUUGAAUAUAAUUAAACAAAAGGAAAGAAAAAAAAGAGGCCAUCGUUAUUUCGGUUCGCAUUAGAAAUAAACGA